AGAUGAGCUGGCUUCCCUGGCUGGUGGCCGGCAGUUGGCCGCGCGAGGCGGCCCUGCUCUCUCCGGCUGGUGAGGGAAGUCUCCCGGAGGAGGCCACCCUGCGAGGGAUGCAGAGGCGGAGACCUCUGGGGUUCUGUCCCUGUCUCGGGUUCUCCUUCCUGCCCUUUGGAAUCGACUAUGAAAUUAUAAUCAUAGAUGAUGGGAGCCCAGAUGGAACAAGGGAGGUUGCUGAACAGUUGGAGAAGAUCUAUGGAUCAGACAAAAUUCUUCUAAGACCACGGGAGAAAAAGUUGGGACUAGGAACUGCAUAUAUACAUGGAAUGAAACAUGCCACAGGAAACUACAUAAUUAUAAUGGAUGCUGAUCUCUCACACCAUCCAAAAUUUAUUCCUGAAUUCAUUAGAAAGCAAAAGGAAGGUAAUUUUGACAUUGUCUCUGGAACUCGCUACAAAGGAAAUGGAGGUGUUUAUGGCUGGGAUUUGAAAAGAAAAUUAAUCAGCCGUGGGGCCAAUUUUAUAACUCAGAUUUUGCUGAGACCAGGAGCAUCUGAUUUAACAGGAAGUUUCAGGUUAUAUCGAAAAGAAGUUCUACAGAAAUUAAUAGAAAAAUGUGUUUCUAAAGGCUACGUUUUCCAGAUGGAAAUGAUUGUUCGAGCAAGACAGUUGAAUUAUACUAUUGGCGAGGUAUGCAAUUAAUGAUCCUACCAGAAAUGAAUACCAGAGUAUUAAACCAUUGGUGCCAUUUUGAGCUUUGCCUAUUCCCAUAGUUGAAUCCAUAGGACACAUUGCAGUAAGAGCCUCUACUGUUGCAUUUCCCUUUUACACAGAGCUGUGCAGGGCGCACCAGGGAUCCACCUUCCUCAGGAAGUAACUUCUCUCAUUAUUAAUUACUAGAAAAAUCAUCACUGUUUUAUGUAAAAUUGCUUUUAAGCUAACAUAAAUAAAUAUAAUAUCCUUUUUAAAAAGUAUUUAGAAUCUGUUCUCAUUCAUCCAAACCCGAAGUUGUUUUCAUUAUCAAGCAUCUGGAGCAGAGAUGAACUGAGUACCUCAGAGAACCCACUAGAAGUAAUGCCUUCUCAGUCCUCCACUAGAGUAGAUACCUUUUGCCUUUUUAAUCUUUUCAGUUCUUACUCCCACAAUCAUUACAACACUAUGACUUAUUGAAGUUUACACUAAAGAAAGUAUUUGAGCAGUGAAGACUUCCACCAUUUGGAAGUUAUUAGAAAAGAAUCGAGACUAUUUAGAUACAUUUUUGUACUAAAUAUGGUGACUUAAACAUUAAAAUCAUUUACAUGUGAA